AGCAUCGCGGAUCUCUGAUUCUGCAGCUCAUGACCCGAUUCGCUACCUCCUUCAUCUCCUCCAUUGACGGAACGUCCACCGAAAUCUCGACCAAGGAGCUCUGCGGUGGUGCCCGUAUCUACUACAUCUUCAACUCUGUUUUUGGAAGCUCACUAGACACCAUUGAUCCCACUUCGAAUCUCACAGCGUUGGAUAUUAGAACGGCGAUUCGCAACUCUACCGGUCCUCGGCCCAGCUUGUUCGUUCCCGAAAUGGCCUUUGACCUUCUCGUCAAGCCCCAGAUCAAGCUCCUGGAGAUUCCCAGCCAGCGCUGCGUCGAGCUCGUUUACGAAGAACUCAUCAAGAUCUGCCACACCUGCGGCUCAAUAGAACUGUCCAGAUUCCCCAGGCUCCAGGCCAAGCUCAUUGAGGUGGUCUCGGACCUUUUGCGGGAACGGCUCGGUCCCGCCUCGAACUAUGUCGAGUCUCUCAUUUCCAUUCAGCGCGCAUACAUCAACACAAACCACCCCAACUUCCUGGGUGCCGCGGCGGCGAUGAGCAACGUCGUCAGCGCCAAGCAGGAGCGCGAGCGCAAGAGGCUCAUCCAGGAGGAGCGCGAGCGCCGGGAAAAGAGGCGCGUCAAGGAGCUUGGGCCCAACGGUACGGAAGGGCAAGAAGAUGGCGAGGAGACUCCCGUCGCGGAGCGACCCGAGCGACCCGAGCCCAGCCUGCGCAAACUCGCCACCUCAAAAACCUCACGGAGCAUGUCGCCCGCCGUCCACCAGGACUCCCUGGUCGGCCUCGGCGCGUCCGUCAACGGAAUGCGCCCGUCGUCUCCGGGCAUGAACGGACAGGGCAUCGGCGGCGCCCGCGACACGUUCCUCAACUACUUCUUCGGCAAGGAUGGCAUGGCGCCGGUCAGCGCCCCUAUCACGCCCACCACCAACGGCAGACAUAGCAGCCACCCAUCCGAGCCCAGCUUCUCGCAGAGUCUGCGCCGCGAAGAGAAGCUUCCGAUCCGGACCGCUCCCCCCUCCGUGACGGACGACUACGAUCCUGCAUCCCGGAGUUACGGCUUGGCGUCACAUCUGG